AUGCAAAAGCAAUCGCAAUCCUCUGAGAACAAAGAGCGAGAACAGAAUGCUGCAAAUUCGAAGCAAGAUUCGAACGAGGUGUCUAAAAUUGAAGAUGAAAGUCGAAUUAAAAAGCUGAAGCAGAGAAUCAAUACACAGAAAAUGAAGAAAACCCGCGGACGUUUACAACAAGACGCUGCAGAGCGACAAAAAAUAACACCAGAUAACGGAGGAGCAAUGAUUGACAGUUCGCUUGCAAGCAAUGUCAGCCCCGCUAAUGCACAUCUUGGCCUAGCAGCGGAAGGGCUGAGAAAACAGUUGGUUUCCAAUCUAAGGCACGCUCUUAUGAGAAAUGUUGCAGCGGCAAUUGCUAAAGGAACAACUACUAAUUUGCAAGAAGAAAACAGUGGCGGGCAAAGCCAGGGAGUAAUGCAAAAUCUGCAACCGCAAGGAAACAACGGAGGUAGUGCAGCAAUGAAACAGGAGUCACAACAAGGCAAUGAAAAGCCAAGUAGUACCAAUGGACAGAGCAGUUUUCAAAAUGGAGGCCAGAAAAAUACACAAGAGAACGAGGCUGGGGCAAAGGAAGAUGCAAACCAAGUGAGUGGCAGCCAAGAUGAAAACCGGGGGUCAGAUCAAUCACUUGUUCCAACGCUGAUGAAGAUGGACAAGCAAAUGCUAGUUAAUACGAUUCUGAAACUGAUGAAGAAAAACCAAGGGAAAAGUAAUGAGAAUGGCGAAAAGGAAGCCAUGGAGAAAAAUGAAAAAGAGGAAAAGGAAAGUAAGGAUGGAGGUGCAAUAAACCAAUCAUUUUCUAAUCAAGCUGAGACACAGCCAGACUUGGCAACAGCCUCAGAUGGAGCAACUGGCCAUGCAGUUGAUCAAGAGGCUGAAGCUAAAGAUACUGAUAAUGCAGCAAGCGUUGACAAGGAAAGUCAGGCAGCAAGUGCUGAUGAGACAAAAGUAGAAGCAAAAAACCCAAAGAUUGCUUCAGGUACCCAAGAAGAAAAUGGGCACAGUGAGUACACUGCAGUGCCAAUUAAGUCAUCGGGCGAUACGAAAUUCUAUAAAUUCAAGAAAUUGCAAGGACAAAGCCAUAUAAAGGGGAAAUUGGCACGCGUACGCGAAGGUGAUGAUCCAUACGCACAAAUUGGGCUGGUGGACCCUGCUAACAAUGACAAGAUGCCAACACAUCACAAAGCAUCAGCGCUUAAAGAAGAUAUGGAAAGCCAGCAAGCAAAAGUAUCAAAAUUUGUGAAAGGCGGUGAUGAUGGAGGCAAAGAAAUGACAGACAAUAAUGUAGACAAUAGUGAACAGAGCAAAGAGGCGUCUGGUCAGAAUCAGGAAUCACUUAAUCAGGAAUCAAACCAAUCGAAUCAAAGAUCUGAGCAAGCUAAUGGUCAGGAGGCAGAACAACAAUCUGAUGGAGAUCAGGCCCAGGGACAGGCUAAUCAGGACCAGCAAUCGAGCAAUGAUAACGGUGAUCAAUCAGGCAAUCAAGGAGGCAAUCAAGUGGGCAAUCAAGAAGUAACAACUAAUCACAAAACUGACCAAGACGCAGCAAUUCAACAAACGCAAGUACAACAACAACCUGAUGGCGUAACCACGGUAACAAAUAUAAAUGCUGACACACCAAAAAUGGUAGCACAGCUGAUGAAAAUAUCGCAGCGUCUUCACGAAAUCAAUGACAAAAAGGGCGAACAAAGCCAACAAAAGGUGAAUGAUGAUCAAUCAAAAACAAUCAGCAAUACUUACAGUGACGCGGGUAUCCCGCAGAAAUCCCACGACGAUGCAUAUGCGUCGAUUGGCUCAUUUGAUCCCAACGUGAAGAAGAAGGCAGCUAUUGGCAAGAAGAAGACUGUAAUGAACAAACAAUUUGCUAUCAAACAGUCAACGAGCAACGAUAACAUAUUAAGUAAAAGAAGAAUAUGA